AGCAGCCGCCUCCCGAGGACGCAGGGGACGGCGAGGGCGAGCUCCUGCCCGGCUGGGAGCAGCUGUGGUCGGACGAGCGCCGCUGCCACUAUUACUGGCACGCCGAGGCGAAGGUUGCGUCCUGGGAGCGCCCGGCGGUCCUGGGGGACAGCGCCCUGGAGGAGAAGGACGGCGCCGAGGAGGCGGGAGAGCCAGAGGAGGCGUGGGCGGAGGGCGGCACCGUGCGGGGGGCCCCGCGCAUGGCCACGCCGAUCACGCCCGUGGCCAGUGUCGGGGCCCGGGCGGAGAUGACCCCGAUCACGCCGGCGGAGCGCAGGACCGGCUUCCAGCGCCCGCCGCCGCCGUCAGCCGUGCCCUCGACGAGCGCCCAGGCUGGACUACAAGCUGGUGCGAUCGGGAAGUCGGCUCCGAGCAAGGGCGGCCAUGGCCGCGCGCAGCCGAGCACGGGCGCGGGCGGCAAGGCCGGCCCGCCCCGGAUCAUUGGCGCGCCGCCAGGGGCCCAGCAAGGCCGGCCAUCGCACGGGCCAUGGCCCGCGGCCAAGCGCCCGCGGUCGUGAGCCGUCGGCGCCGCACGGCGCGCGCCGGGCGCGUGCGCGCGUCGGGCGAUAAAUCGAAGCGUCGGGAUCGAGAUUCCCCAGGCCCCCUCGC